AGACCACGUGACGCGGUUUACUCGCUAUGAUUGGUUGCACACGUACAUGCUGAACAUGUACAAUAUAUUCAGCGUGCAAAACUCGAGUUGUGUUUUGAUGUUCCAUCCUGCCCAAGUUGGGUGAAAACUUUGAGCUUUCCGAGAAUUAUUUCCCAGAUUUCCACCAUGACUGGGUUCUUUAGGAACUCAUCUGGGGUCAGGGCUUGGUGUGGUUGAAUUUUAUCUCGAGAAAAAUGGCCUCGGAGCCGACCGGAGCUACGCUACCGACUCUGACCCCAGCGAAGUCGGAGUUGGUCGAGUUCGACAGCCGUCUCUUUGGAUUUUUGUCGCUGGAAGGACCCGAAGGGCUGCAAAAUAGAGCGCUUCUCACGAAGAGAGUCAGUCAGUGUGAGGCGCUGAUCAAGAAGCGGGGCAAGAACACUGACCCGCAGACAUUUUGCCGUCUAGGCCACCUGCAGCUGCUGCUUGGAGACUACAGCAAAGCCUUGUCAGCAUAUCAGAAGUUCUUCUCUCUUCAAGAUGACUAUUGGAAGGAUGCAACAUUUUUAUACGGCCUGGGCAUGGUGUAUUUCCACUUCGAUGCCCAUCAAUGGUAAGUCCCUUCUACGUUUCUUGAGAGUGAUGCAAGUCAGAUGUGGUCUGUGGUACUGCUGUGAUAAGAAAGCGUGAGACGUGAUGAGAGAUGUUGAGAAGUGUAACGAUGGAAUAACAGAAGAUAAGAAUGGGAAGA